UCGAUCACGCGCGCGCGUUAUCGAGAGAGCGCUGCCGGUGAUCGGUCGCGCGGACGUGUCGCAGCCGAGGAGGCGCAGGCGGCGCGAGCAAGACGCGGUGCUCGCGCCGUGCGAGGAGAGAGAGAGAGAGAGAGAGAGAGAGAGCGCGCGCGAGCAAGCAGUGUGCGCCUGCGUCGCCGGCUGCGCUGCGCUGCCCGGGCAAAAGGCGGCUCUGCGCGCCGGCCAGUCGGCUCAGUAGGCAGCCGAACGUCGUGCCUCGCGCGCGUGUCAGUUUCCUCGAUCUCCCUCCAGCUCCCGUGGACGCCGUCCCGCCUUGCUCCGGCCUGCCGACGAGUGCGCGCGCGGAGCCGGGCGAUGAGUGACGACUAGUCGAGUGGUGCCGGGUGAAAGUCGUGUCGAGUGCGCGUGCCCUCGGAUCAGUCCGGCCAGACCGGCGCCGUCGUCCUCGUCGGGGUGCCAAGCGUGUGCGGCUGGGCCGCACGGUCGCGCCGCUAUGAUGACCGAGGCCAGUUGCGUGAGCAGUCACCCGGCGCGGGGCGCCAGCAUGUGGCAGGCGACGCAGCAGUACCAGUACGGCGUGCCGCCGCAGCGGCUCUACGACGAGCCCUACGUCCAGCAGUCGACCUUCCUCUACCCCCAGUUCCCGCCGCCGCAGUCCCAGCCCGUGGUGGCCUCCUCCCCGUCCAUGUACUACUACAACCUUCCCCACCAGCAGCACCACCAGCAACCGCCGCAGCCGGCACCGCAGCCGCCGCCGCCGCAGCCGCCUCCGCCGCCGCCGCCGCCGCCGCAGCAGCAGCCAAAGGCCAGCCCGCAGCCGCGGCCGGAGAGGAGCAGCACCCCGAGCGCCGCGGAGCUCGCGAGCGCCAGCAAUCCGCGAGCGUCGCGCAACGCCGCGGAAAAACACCGGCGGGACAACCUCAACACGCAGAUCCAAGCGAUGGCGACGCUGGUGCCGGCCGUCUCCAGCGGCGGAUCCCGCAAGCGCGACAAGAUAUCCAUCCUGAGGCUGGCCGCCAACUAUAUCCGGAUGCACUACACAUUGGGCAGGCCUAGCGGCGAGUUCCUCCCGUCCAAGUACAGCGACAUCGAUCUCGAGGACCGGCUGCUCGAAGAUCUGGCGGGAAAUUUGAGUUUCCUGCUGGUGCUAACGACCAGCGGCAAGAUCAUCUACGUCAGCCGGCACGUGGAGAAGCAUCUCGGCCACGAACAGACGGACUUGAUGGGCGAAUCGUUAUUCAACUACGUCUACGAGGACGACAAGGACGAGUUGAAACGCCAGCUGACGCCGGACACCAGCUUACUGCCGGCCCUCGUCAGCAGCUCCGACUCGGUCGAAGACAACUCCAACUCGUCGUCCGACGACAGCGCGACCUACCAACCGGACUAUCGGCAGUUCCGCUCGCAGCGACGCGUCUUCAACGUGAGGAUGUCCGUGCGCACUAACUCGCGCAGGGAGGCGGUGCACUACGAGUACAUACAGCUGUCGGGCGUGCUCAAGCUCUCCAGCGAGAGGAUGCUGCAGGAGCAAGCCAACGGUGGCAAAGCCAAGAAGUUGAGCAACCUGACCAGCAACGACAUUAUCUUCACCGGCACGGCCAGGCUGCUGCAGAGAAAGUCCGUCUCCGAGCUGCCCUACUUGGUGCACAACAGGAACGAAUACUACACGCGCCACUUGGUCGACGGCCGAAUAAUCUUCUGCGACCACCGGAUAUCCAUCGUGGCCGGCUAUAUGGCCCAAGAGGUCUCCGGUACGAGCGCCUUCAAGUUCAUGCACAAAGACGACGUCAGGUGGACCAUCGUCGCUCUCCGCCACAGUAAGUGCCCCCGCUACUCCCGAGCUCCCUCGGCGAGCGGCUUACUCACCACUCAUCCCCGACGCCUUGUUGCAGUGUACGAUCACGGCACGCCCUACGGCUCGUCCUGCUACAGGCUGAUAGCCAAGACCGGCCAAUACAUCUACCUGCGCACUCACGGUUACCUGGAGUUCGAUGAGGAAACCAAAAACGUUUCCUCGUUCAUCUGCAUCAACACGCUUACGUCACAAGAGGAGGGCGAGGAACUCAUCGCCGAGAUGAAAAAGAGGUACUCCGCGACGAUCAACGGCUCGAGAGCCAUUCAGGGGAACGACAGCGGCUUUAUAAUCAUUCAGCAGGAAUCGGACACAGAGUGCACGAGCACAAUGUCGAUAGCACCGACUAUGGACGAGCCGGAUCAGCUGGAACAAGCGAUCAACGAACUGGUCAGCGAUCUGCCGGCGACGGUCAACAACGAAGCGCCCUGUCCCGAUGAGCUCUUCUCGAGAGCCAUGUUUUACUCCCAAAAGCUGCCUCCUCCGAGCGUUCAUGCCAAUCAGGCCGGCAUCAAAGAUGUCGAUAACAUUUACUUCGGCAAGGGUGGCAAAGGCGGCAAGGGUAAAGCUGCUGGCAAAGCAACUGGCAAAGGCAAAGGCAAACAAAGCCCUUCCGCGUGUACGUCCGCAGACUCGCCGACGGAUUAUCCCGCGAGGCAUGGCGAGAGGGUCAGUUCUGUUGGCGAAAAGAGGAUUCCAGAGUUGGAAGAUCCCACGAGCCCUACUAUUGCGGUUAAACCUACUGCUCUGACGACGGACAAAGCUUCCGCGUCGACGAAUCCAAGUGAAUCGAAAACUUACUCCGAGUCUCUCACAGUAGAGGAUGAUUUGAGUACAAAUGCCACGGCCUCCAUCGACACAUCUGAUGCCGCUGCAUCUUAUAAUUUACAAACUAACCUUGUUACUGAUUACGUUCAACCGAGUACACCGUACGACAGUAACUUGCAGCAAGUGAACUUAAAAAGGUCAUACGAUGAUGAAGAUGAGCAAGUAACGUCCAAGAAGAAAGGAACGGAAAAUUGUGUGACUGUCGAGUUGGUAAAUGUAAACGAUUUUGUCAACGGAGAAAUUAGUUUCCCGGCAUACAUCGAAGUUCAGUCUACGUCUUUGAGAGCUGACUUGCAAGAUGUACCAGCUACUUUUCAACAAAUCGAUACCGAUUCGAUAGCUCUUGCCUCCACGGAUGACUCUUUCAUAGAAUUGAAAGAAUUUUCAGACGAACUAAAUCCAAGCAUACCUAACAAUCCAGAAGUAAUUAAACUAUUGACAAAUCUUCCACAAACGAUAACUCUUGAAGGAACCGGAGAAGAAGUAAAUAUUUGUCAGUAUCCAACUAGUGAUUUAAGAGAUUGAUUCAACUGAAUAGAGUGAACAUCAUUUCAAGAGGCAACGUCAUAGGCAUACAAUCAAAAAAGUGUCUAUUGCGUGGCGCUGCCGUUAUCAAUCGUAAAACUACUUACGCUUAAAGAUAUCACUUAGUGCAUAUGAGAAUCACAUCUGAACGGUUAUUGAAAAAUCAAUAAUUCAAGCGUGGCACAGCGGCAUGUAAUGAAAGGAUUUAUAUGACCUUAAAUUUCUGAAAUGAACGACCAAUGCCCGUUAACAAUGUUUUAUUUGUUCAGAGCACAAGAUACAAUAGUUAGAGAGGUUACUACUAGAGUUAAACUCAAUACAGUAGUCGUUUAUUCGGCGUUGCAGUGAUUAAAACGUAAUUGAAAUCGGAUAUUAUUCAAGUGAUUUUAAAGAUUGUUGUCAAAAUAACUUAUUUUGCCAUCUAAUUAAAAUUUUACAAUGAAUAAAAAUUAAAAGAAAAUAGAAUUAUGCCAUCUCUAGAAUUCGCCAUAUAAAUUUAUGCCGUGUCUAGUCGACCGACUGUAAUUGUACAAAAUGACGUAAUCAACAGAUUAUCAUGUGAUGAGAAUUCUUUCAUAAUGAAAUUCUUUUGGUUUUUCAAUUGAAAAGACUAGGCAACCACAAGAUAUCGACGACAACUUGCUAAAAUAUUGUACAUAGUUAAGUAGUGUUUAAGAAAAAGAAACCUACCAGACGGUGUUCGACCUCUUACGUACGGGCGCGUAUGGAAUUUGAACUGAGUGCAAAAUGUGACAAGAUAUAAAAUAAUGUUGUACGUUAUGUUAGGUUUACAAAAUAAUAUGCGUUAGUCUUGAAACCGUUCUAAUUCUGAAAAUCGUUGCCAUUGUUUUUUUAAUUAGUUCAUCGUAAGACUGCAAUGUAACAAUAGUGCAUGAUCGCAAGAUUUUCCAAAACCAACAAACUUCCGUAACAGAAUAAAAUAACUUCAAAGACAUCGACAGAUUUACGUUUGCACUUUUCUUGGAUUUUCUUGCGAAAUUAUCGGUUGACUUCAAUAAUUAUAUUAUUGUUUGUAGUUAAAGCAUUGUACAAUUGAUUUUUACGUUAAUUGUUUUUAGCGCGCGAAUGUUUACGUCUAUUGAGCUCCUGCAAGUUUUUUUUUUACAUGCUUCAAAAAUAUUGAAAGUACGUUUGUUAUUAUUAUUAUCAUUACUAUUAAUAUUGCUAUUGCUAUUAUUAUUAUUAUUAUUAUCAUUAUUAUUAUUAUUACCACUGACAUAAUAAUUAAUAUAUUAUUAUUAAAAUAUUACCGUAUUAAUAAGAUAUUGUAUAUUAUGAAGGUGACAGAUGAUGAUACGAUCGAUAUGUCAAAUAAAAAAUGUCUUUUUUACUAUAAAUAACUGUUUCUUAUGUAAUUCGUCGUUACGACUGUAAUAUAGUGUUAUUGUAAUCGAGGAAAAUGAUUAUAUUUCCGUCUAAUACUGUAUUGUAUAGAUUGUCGAUCGUCUCAUUGCUGUAAAGUAUUUGCAAUGAUGAUUUUGUAUAAAGAAAAACUCACUUCAUUCGUAAUCUCAGUGUUCUCUCGUACCUUCUCAAAUGUAACUUGUGAAUCCAAUCAAUUGGAAAAAAAUUAACGAAAUUGGGCAAUAAUGGUGAAAAACGGCCAUGCUCUGUAUAUAGUUACAUGUUUCCAGUUUUGACAGGCAUUGAAAAAGGCAAAAAUGUUGUUUGAUUGAAUUUGCAAAUACUGUGAAUAGAAGAGAGAUACUUGAUAUACUCGCAGAUUUACAAAACUAUUUACCGGUUAAGCUUGCAGUCAGAAAGUUGAAGUUUUCUCAGGAAUGAGGUUGUCUGGACACAUCAUUAUUACUGUUGCAGCUUUCAAAUGUGUUUAAUUUACCAGCCAGCGUUUGAUGCGUUUUCUUUUAUAUUUCUUGUUAAAAACAUAAGACUUUGUCAGUAGAAACCUUGUACUUAAUGAUUGGUUAAAAAAAGAGAGAGACAACUAGUUCGUUGAGGAAACUCGGACUGUCCAUGAAGCAGAUCCUCAGUGAUUACUUAUUUUCUUGGUAAUUCUCAAUGAAGUUACAAUGAUCGACAUAAUGAAAAUAAUAACUUUUCCGAUUUGUCUGCGCGUGACGUGCUACUAAUGCAAAAUUAAAUCAUAUUCUGUCAUAUGUAAUAUGAAGAACAUGUAAUAUUUAUUAAUAUUGUGUUACUGAAUUCGAAAUUCAGUUUUCUAGUCGAUUAUUAAAAAAUAAUGAAAAUUACUUUUACUGCAGUAAAGAAAUUGUCCCAUUUUUAAUUUUAGAAAACCUAAUAGCAAUCUACAUAGUACUUUAAGAAGUUUCUUUUCAGAACCUUAUCAAAAUUUUAUUUUUGUUGAAUAUCGCACCAGGAAUGUUUAUUAGUAUUUAGUUAAUAAUUAUGUGUAGCACGUCAUGAGUUACGUAUUCAACCUAUAUGCUCUAAAUCGCUGGAAAUUGUAUGUACACAUGUACCUGUCAAAUUAAUAGAGUUCUUGAUAAUGUAAUCUUUUAUUUGUUUAUAUAAAUUUUAAAUUAAAAUCGUUGAUUUGGCAUAUAUACAUAUAAAUUCUUUACUAUUUUUGUUACGUUAAACUGAAAACAAACAAUUAUCGUAAAAUUAAAAACGUAAUUUCAAAAGAAAGAAGAAAAAUGGGAAAAAAUUUAAAUUAGAAGGAGAUAAAGGUGAAUUAAUAUUAUUAUUACUAUUAUUAUCGUAUAACAAAUAAUUAUUUCUUUACGAUGAUUGGGAAUCAUUGUAAACA